AUGUUCUUUGCCUCUAAGAAAAGUCUCUUCGAGUUCAGUGACAACUUUGAAAAGCAGGCCCCAUCCUUGGGCGUCUUAACUGCCAGUGGUGCUGACGGGGAGACGCUGCCCAGCGCCCUGGAUAAGGAAGAUGCGCGCUCGGCUCCCAGCACCCCGAGCACCCCGUCCGUCUGCUCCCCGCCUUCCUCCUCCUCCUCCUCGUCCUCCAUCCCCUCCGCUGGCAAGAACGUCUGCUCCAGCUGCGGCCUGGAGAUCCUGGACCGGUACCUCCUCAAGGUGAACAACCUGAUCUGGCACGUGCGCUGCCUGGAGUGCUCGGUCUGCCGCACCUCCCUGCGCCAGCAGAACAGCUGCUACAUCAAGAACAAGGAGAUCUUCUGUAAAAUGGAUUAUUUCAGUCGCUUUGGUACAAAGUGUGCCCGCUGCGGCAGGCAGAUCUAUGCCAGCGACUGGGUCAGGAGAGCCCGCGGCAACGCCUACCAUCUCGCCUGCUUCGCCUGCUUCUCCUGUAAAAGGCAGCUGUCGACGGGCGAGGAGUUUGGCCUGGUGGAAGAGAAAGUGCUGUGCCGGAUUCACUAUGACACAAUGAUAGAGAACCUCAAGCGAGCGGCGGAAAAUGGCAACGGGAUCACGCUAGAGGGAGCCGUGUUGAGCAGGAAGGACACGCCUGUCCCUGGAUCGAGGUGACUUUUCUCCCUGUCUCCGUCUGUCUUCCAGGUCAUGCAGGCCCAGUUUGCUCAGGACAACAACCCCGACGCACAGACCCUUCAGAAACUGGCAGACAUGACUGGACUGAGCAGGAGAGUCAUUCAGAAAGACAAGAAGACGGGUUCUGCCCUGACUCACUGGGGAGGAUUCAUAGAGCGGCUCUGCUCCCUGGAGCACAAAGGACCAUGGGACAUGCCCCCAGAUGUUGUAGUAACACACACAGGUGAGUGCGGACCUGUGAGGACACUUAACUCAGGCAGCUUUAGACCAGAAAAGACCUUUAUGACCCUCGAUCCCAGUGAUUCUCAACCAGGGUCUUCCAGGAGAUACAGCAACUAA